AGUACCAUGCAGACACAUCUGGUUUCAAAUGAGAACAAAAACACGUUUCUUCCUCCGAAUCCUCAAACUCACGACAGCGAGUCUGAGUGACAUGAUCUGCUAAAUGACUAAAUUUGACUGCAUGCUGCCAUGUUCCGCUUCUUCAGAAUGUGGUAACAGAGUGCGCACAGCUGACAAAGUCCAUUCAGGGGAGAUUAUUAAAACACGUUAUUCGACACGUCACGUUUUGUAGUCAAUAAGUCUAUUUAGUACCCUGUUAUAUUAACAAACUCCAAACCAAGAAGUUCGCAACGGAGGAUCUAACUAACAUUUUUGUGGGAUGACAUACUGCAACAGCUCCGUUUGCUACAUCCAGUGGGUGGUCUACGUCCCCACACUGGUGGUGGGUCUUCCUCUCAACCUGGCAGCCCUGUGGCUCCUCCUCUUCAGGAUCCAGCGCUGGACAGAGUCCACGGUCUACCUCACCAGCCUGGUAAUCAACGACAGCCUGCUCAUCUUCUCCCUGCCCUUCAAGAUGUACGCCUACAACCACUUGUGGGCGCUGGGGACUGGCUUCUGUACCUUCCUGGAGAGCCUGGUGUUCGUUAACAUCUACGGCAGCAUCAUCCUCAUCGUCUGCAUCUCGGCCGACCGCUUCGUCUCCCUGCAGUUCCCCUUCGAGUCCAAGCACCUGCGCUCUCCGCGCAAGGCUGCACUGGUGAGCCUGCUGCUGUGGGUGCUUGUGUUCUCUGCCACGGCUCCGGUCUAUGACCUGCACAGCAAGGAUGGCAACGCAUACUGCUUCCAGGGUUUCUCAGACAAAACCUGGAACAAGCUGUGGAUCAUCGUGCUCAUGGAGGCCGUGUUUUCCGCCUGCACCGGCGCCAUGGUGUUCUUCUCGGUGCGUGUGAUGCAGAUCCUGAGGAACCUGCGCAGAAGGAACCCGCUGGACCAGAAACUAAGGAACAACAAGUCUGUGAAGGUGGUUCUGACCAACUUGGUGGCCUUCCUGCUGUGCUUCAUCCCCUACCACGUGAUGGCGCUCAUCUACUUCCUGGCCAAGCACGGGCAGGCGGACAAAGACGUCAUCACGCCAUUGCGGGACAUGGUGCACAUCAGCGCGUGCGUGAGCAGCGUCAACUGCCUGACGGACGGGAUCUGCUACUACCUCAUUCUGAAGGAGAACCUGCUUUCAGCCCGGCUGGAGCGACGCCGGCUGUCCACCAGAGGGAAUGUAGAGGGGCUAGGGAAACAGAACCUGCUCCCAGGCAACAGGGAAAAGGUUUUAAACAAAGUCCCAAGAGAAAUGAACCUCAUUGCUCAGAGUGGGGAGGCUAAAACUAGUGAUGCUUCUUUUCGCUCGUCCCUAGAAAAAAGUGGUGUUAUAGCGUUCGGUCCCCCGCUGAACGCGUCCCUCUGGGUGCUGCUGCGUCGUCACGGCCUUAGUUCCUCCUCCACCGUCUCCAUGUGCCACCUGGCACUGUCCAACCUGCUCCUGGUGCUGUUGGCCAGGGUGUUCCUCUAUGCCCAGACCUGGCCCUUCAGUGUGGAAACCUGCUGCACUGCCACCAUGCUGUUCCGCAACAAUAUCCGCUCCAGCGUGCUCUUCAUCACCUUCAUCACCCUGGACCGGCUGCUGGCCAUUGGUCUUCCUCUGCAGACAUGGCACCUGCGGACGCCGGAUCCUUCCUGGAAGGCUUGUGUGUUGGUGUGCCUGCUGACUGUGGCUACCAGCCUCCCCGAGGGCUUCCUCUUCACCCGAGGAUGUUGCGCAAGAACCUCACCAGCAUGGCGCAGGGUCAACAAGAGGAACGCGAGUGUUGUUCCUCACAAACCUGCUGAUGUUCCUCGUCUGCUUCCUGCCGAUGGAAAUGGUUUCCCCGAGACGCACUCCGAUUCCAAGAUGGCAGCCGUGUGUCUUGCCAGUAUCAACUGCUGUCUGGACCCUCUGUUGCACUACUUUUCUCUUGAUGGAUUUUGGAAGAAGACGCAUCUGACGUCAAGAUCCCUCUUGAUAAAUCCCAUGACAGUCAGACAUCAGCAUGCUGAACCACCUCGACCCUGGAGGCCACAAGGCGCUGAAGUUGAUUUUAAGAUUCACUGAAGUUGGUAUCAUUUGAAUUACCCCUUGCAUGUGGAGUCUUUGAUUAUUAAUAAUAAAGUAUAUUUUCUUUGAA